ACUGCUUCCACGCACCCCACCCCGGCAGUUGCUUUGAGGGGUCCAAAGACUGACUAAGUCAAAUAAACUCGCAGAAUCAACUUGAUACCUUAGCAAAAUCUGACGAGAAUCCACUUCACUGAAGACGCAUUGCUUUUCAAGUCCAUCCAGUCCCUCUCUUGCUGCCGUGGCCAGGCAGAAGUCAAAGAACCGCAACAAGAAGACACUUAUAUGCUGUUGGAGUAGUCCGUGCCACCACAGUCCAAAACAGGUGGUGCCUGAUUACUACCAUAAUGAUGGAAGAUAAUCAACAAAUGCGUUACUUUGGACCAUAAUACAGCUGUAUGCAGAGGCCAGCAGCUCAGGAGCGAUGUCAUCUCUACUUUCUCACAACAAAGAUCAGCCACGCAUCAGAAAGUUGCUCUCUGACUCUUCUCCAACUUCAUCCGCUGCCACCACCAAGAGCCUGAGGCAUGAGAGACUGUCUAGAUUAAGCUCAUCUGGAUCCUCUGAUGUCUCCAGUGACACAUCAACAAACCACGCCGAGUCCUAUGUUUUACGGUGGGAGAACAGACUGUCUGCAAGGAAAAAGGCAGAAGAGAUGGCUAACAAUGACUAUAAAAAGAUGUAUGAAAAGGCGCUGGCCACCAAUCUAAGGCUCAAGUCCAGGCUGGAAACAAGUAAACAGGAACUUGCCAUGAUUCAGGAUCAACUGCAGAGAACACAGAAAGGAAGACAGGAAGAUUGUAGCUCCAACAUGCUUGAGACAGAAAAAAAGGAAAGCUGGAGUCUAAAAAAUAAGAUAUCAGAUAUGGAAGAACAGUUGAAGGUUAAAGCAGAGCUUAAAAUGGAGAACCAGAGACUGAAGGAUGAGAAUGGAGCUUUAAUCCGGGUCAUCACUAAACUAUCCAAGUGAGCCAGGAAGCAGGAAGGAUGAGAAGAAGAGGGAUGGAUACCAGAAGUCAUACCUGCGUUCUUCCUACAUUCAUCUUUUGCCCAGAAAGAAUGUAUGUACAUAGUUCUCCAGUAAUUUUGGAAACUACAAACAUUUACAGGGAUAAAGACACAUUUCACAUCAGCUACGAAAUCUUCCUGUUACUUUACUGGAUCUACAGAAGUAAGACAUUCCCAGAAAUAAAAUACACUAAAUUAAAAUUCAUAUUGUAUAUUCACAAGAUAUUUCUACAUAAAGGCAAAUACCACUA